AUGCACGCCCAUAAUUCACAUGAACACGAUGAACCCGAAUCAUGGGUUUCUCAACUAGGUUAUGCUGAAGAUCCCGAGACACCCCUGACAGCCGACACGUUCCCAAGCAAAUCAGGUGGAAGACCCGCAUGGAUGAAUCCUGAACAUGUAUUGUCAGCCGAGCAGGUUACUUGUGGUAACUGUGAUCAACCCAUGGUGUUGCUUGUUCAACUUUAUACUCCCGAGGAUCAACCAUCAGAAGCCUUCCAUCGUACUGUUUAUGUCUUUUGCUGUAAGAAAGGAUCCUGUAUUAAAAAGGAUUGGACUAAAAGUUUCAAGGUUUUCCGUAGUCAAUUACCUAGAGAAAACCCUUAUUGGCCUCCUCCUGGUGACGAGUCCGAAGAUGAAGACGCCAUGGACACUGAUUUCACACCAAAGCAAUUCAAGGCUCCUACUUUGUGCGUAAUUUGUGGGCUGGCUGGAACAAAGCAAUGUGGCCGAUGCCACAGCACCCACUAUUGCUCUCGUGCCCAUCAAUUGGCUGACUGGAAUGAGUGCAAACACAAGAUGUUCUGUGGAAAGACAUCCGACGAGAGUGUAGAUAGACUCCGCAAGGCACAAGUGUUUGGAGAAAAGGAAAUUGUGAGUGAAGCCGAAGGUAGAGAAGUUGAAAAGCUCGAAGAAGAAAAGUACCGUAAGAAGAUCCAAGAGGCUGGUACAGUAGAGGAAGAAGAAGAUGAUGUAGAGUACGAUGAUGCGCCUGUGGACUCCAAGGUAUCUGUGGAUGACACUUUCUUACAGUUCCAGCUACGCCUGGAGUUGAACCCAGAUCAGGUCCUUCGUUAUGAUCGUGUCGAGUACGACAUGCCAGACAGGGAACCUUUGUGGGUUCAAAAGGAUCAGAAACCCAGCAAUAUUCCUGCCUGUGAGAAAUGCGGUGGUGUGCGUACAUUUGAGUUCCAGAUCUUGUCAACCAUCCUCAAUUUCCUUGCUGUCUCCCACACUUCCGAGGAUUCGCUUGACUGGGGAUCUCUUUAUGUCUACACCUGUAAACACAACUGUGCUCUAACAGAUGUGUUUACUCCCGAGUACAUCUGGAAGCAAGACUUUUCUGCUGAUGGUAUGCGCCUCGGUGGCGAAGCCCCACCAAAGAAGUCUUCUGCUUAA